GCGGAGCGGGCCAAGAUGGCGGCGGAGCCGGGCGCGGGCCCGGGGCAGGACGCGGAGCUGGAGGAGCUGCUGGAGAGUGCCCUGGACGACUUCGAGCGCAGCCGCCCCGCGCCCCCUCCCCCUGCCAGCUCCUCCUGCCCCCCGUCCCCCCCCUCGGCCGCCGACUCCGCCAAGGGCUCGCUCUUCUCCUCGCAGGAGAGGUUCUUCCAGGAGCUCUUCGAGGGCGAGCUGGCGGCGCAGGCGGCGGCCGAGUUCCAGGAGGCCAUGCAGGAGCUGGCCCGCCAGGAGCCCCAGCUGGUGGAGCAGUUCCAGAAGCUCUCGGAGGCUGCCGGCAAAGUCGGCAGCGACGCGGCCUCGCAGCAGGAAUUCACCUCCUGCCUCAAGGAGACCCUGAGCGGGCUGGCCAAGAACGCCAAUGACCUGCAGAACUCCCCGGGCUCGGAGGAGGAGCUGGCCAAGGCCCUGGAGGGGCUGGGGCUGGACGAGGGCGGCGGCGACGGCGUCCUGCCCGUCAUGCGCAGCAUCAUGGAGUCCCUGCUGUCCAAGGACGUGCUCUACCCCUCCCUCAAGGAGAUCACCGAGAAGUACCCGGAGUGGCUGCGGCAGCAGGAGGGCUCGCUGUCCCCGGAGCAGCGGGCGCGGUUCGGGGCGCAGCAGGCGCUGAUGCUGCGGAUCUGCGCGGAGCUGGAGCGGGAGCGGCCCGAGGAGCCCGAGGGGCAGCGCCGGGAGCGCUUCGAGACCCUGCUGGACCUGAUGCAGCAGCUGCAGGACCUGGGCCACCCCCCCAAGGAGCUGGCAGGGGACACGCCACCAGGACUGAGCCUGACGGGGGAGCAGUGCCGCCUCAUGUAGGGCACCUUUGGGGUCCCCCCCAGAUUUGGGGUCCCCCCCUGGAUUUGGGAUCCCCCCCGGAUUUGGGAUCCCCCCCCUGGAUUUGGGAUCCCCCCCGGAUUUGGGAUCCCCCCCGGAUUUGGGAUCCCCCCUGGAUUCGGGAUCCCCCCCGGAUUUGGGGUCCCCCCCGGAUUUGGGGUCCCCCCCGGAUUUGGGGUCCCCCCCCGGAUUUGGGGUCCCCCGGCCCCAAAGGAGAUGAAGAGGAGCCCGGCAGUGGGGUCGGCACCUCCCCCUCCCCACAUUUGGGGUUUUUUGGGGUGGGGGGCGCAGGGACCCCCCCCGGAUGGGGAGGGGUCCCCCCCGGCAGGGGUCCCCCCCUCACCCCCCGUGACCCCAAUAAAGAGUUGGUGAUGGGAA